AUGCGAUUACGUUUCGUUAUUCUUAUGCGAUUUGGUGAGUUUCCCAUUGUUCGCCGUUGUUGCUCCCACAAAUAUAUUGAGAGUGGACCUUCCUCAUCUAGGAGUGUAGAUUUUUGCCGUGACGAAUCGCCGGUGAUCCGGCCUGUACUAAGGAGAGUUGAAGAGCCUGCAGAGGACGUAGGAGUCCUCUGGUCUCGGGCCGGGAGGACCUCUUCUCAAGACCUCUUAGCCGUGCCUCUCUAUUCUACUGCUAAUGGUGACGUACUACUGCUCUCAAUCGAUAAGGAAGGAGACCCCUCAGUGGCCGUGUACAGACCAAAGUGUGGGCUAUGUGAAGUACCGUCUUGGCUGUGGAAGCCGCCGAGCCGUCUGGUGGGAUCAGGCAACUCCGUCUCCUGUGUAGGGAAGCUGUGCAUGGGGCAUGUCGAUGGAGCCAUGGGUAUUGGCUUAGAGGCAUGGUGCUCGACUGAAGAGGAGGUGGCUAUUUUGCAGGGAGGAGUGGUACGUACAAGUCAGGGCGGAAGUAUGGACGUCUUCACGAUCGCGGGAUGUCUGGCAUCAAAGGAAUCGGUAUCAUUGGAACCCAAGUUGAGCCGUGCUCAAGGUGGGAUUUCGCCAAAGUGUGGUAUCAAACUUGCCUUGCACGCAUGCGCAAAGCCCGGUGGCGGUUCAAUGUAUUACUGCAAGGAUUCCCGAGUGUACCACUCCUCCUCCCAUAGAGUCUGUGGGAGAUGCUCUGAAGUUGCAGUCAUCACGGUGGAAUCCGGUGGCCUAGUGGUAACUCUCAAUGGUGUCGACUUGCUGUCUCCUCUAGUACACGUCAUAGAGGGUAGUGUGAGAGAAGUGAUUGAUGACGUUGCUGUUCGGGAUCAUCAGGUUGUCGUUGCGGUCAAUGGUGUGGUCACGAUCGUCGAUUUCGAUACCUUUAUAGCAUUCCAUGAGGCUCCCUUCGUACGCCACAUCUCCCUUAUCAACCCCAUAGCUAGCCUUGCAUGGUUCCCUGGUUAUUGGAGUGCCAUUCUAUCGACCUCUCGUCAAGGGCACAUAGCAGUAAUCGACGCUAUCUCCUGUGAGCUAUACACUUUGGGCUUGGACUUUCAACGGGGGGCUCGAAUAUAUCCCUAUCGAAUGGGCAUUUGUAUUGAAAAAGGCAGCCAAGUAGAGGUUUGGGAAGUCCCGAUAUCGCUGUGUGAUGUGUUCACUACCCUCAAAACUGGAACGCUGGAAGGGGAUAUAUUGCCUCGCAGUAUCAUCAGAGCCUUCCGCUCGUCCCCAAGUCGAGUCUAUGCGGCGGCUCGGGAUAAUGGCUUAGCAUUGUCUUAUUUGCAGAGGCUUUGGAGAGUACCUGUCGUGAAGGAUAGGGAGGUGUUGUGUGCCCUAACUCAGCCGUCCAGGAUUGGGAGCAUAUCGGAAGUCCAUAAAGCGGUCUCGGAAGGCGAGUUCCAGGCUUUUGCUAGGAGGAUGCUCGUCUGUCUCCUCGGCAAUCUUCCGGCUCUCAAUGACUCUGCAUGUGACUUCACAGAGGCCUGUCCACGACGGAUUAGGAAUGCUUAUUUACUACGUCCUAAGGCAGCGGACGUCGACAAAGUGGGACCUCGAUGGGAGGACCUCAAGGGUCUGGAUAAGGCGAUAUUGUCGACCGUUGAGGAAUUGCUGGGAAAGUUGAAUGACGUUAACGAAGAGUUGUGGGAGCCUUUAUGGGCUCUACGUAUUUACUGCUGUCUGAGGUUCCGUAAAGACCUCUCUUACCUUGGCCGCGUUCUGGGUGUUCAUCCUCGCCUAUUAUUUGGUGGUAUUAGGAAGGAACAAUCAUUCCUUGUACGCAUAUUGGAGGAUAUCCCCCCAGAGAGUAGUGGUUUGGGACGGUCCUUGGGUCCUUAUCUUGAGCACUACCAUUGGAUCCCCUCCCUACGACAACGAGGGGAAGCAGCCAUAGCCCGCCAUAGAAUACGUCUCCAUCCUGCCGGUGUCUUGAUGAGCCGGUGUGAGUUGAGGAACCAAGACAAGGCUUUCCAGGCCUUCAAGGGAGUGGUCUGCCGUACACUACUAGGGAAGGCUCCUCCUCUGGCAUAUAGGACAGAUCUUCGGACGACUCUCAUUAUUGGAACUAGACCAGCGGCGCUCCGAUGUCCCGAUAAUUGCGGGGCAAGGACGACAGGUGUGUGCCAACUUUCUAUGGCUAUGAUCCUGUCCCCUAGCGUGCCCUCGAUCCGCCCUGAUUCGGUGAAAUCAUACAAAGCCGAGUCGAUUUGCAGUGGUGGUGGUGGUGGGACACUCGUUCACAUUGGAGAGGAGGGUACGCAGAAUCUAGAUGGCAACGAGUUGUUACAGAUGAACUUGAGAAGGAUGUUCGAGGAUCGUAUUCUCACCGAUUUCACAAUAGUCUGUGAGCUCUGGCCUCCCGUUUCCAACGUGAAGAAGGUAUGUGGAGUCCUACGGCAACAGCUAUGCCAACCACGAGCCACUAAUAAAUUAGAAAUACAUCAGAAGUUGAAUGUGAUGAAGGCUCUGGUACGGUUCAUGUACUUUGGUGGUCUUGCCGGAGACCAUCUCUCCCUCUCCGCUGCCGAUACACUGAGUGUGUUGGCUGAAGCAAGGAACCUUGGUAUUGAAGCCUUGACUGAGGAUAUGGUGGCUCAGGUCAUACUGCCAAAGCUCGACCCGCAUAAUUGCCUAUCGAUUCUGCUACAUCCAUCGUUGGCUUCCUUACCUUCCAUCUCUCGAGAGGUGUCGGCUUAUGUUGGUCAGCAGUUGCCCCGUCUACUCCACACUGAUACUCUGAGGAGGAAGUUAUUGGACGGCAACCUGUCCCAGUUUGUCAUGGCUCAUGUGCUUGGCCCGGCCUCUCAGGCCAUCGCCACUGAUCUAGACUGCGAGAGUGUUGUCCGCUUCGUUACGGAAUGGGCUGGUCUGGACUCAAUCUGUGAUCUUCUAAGGCAGUGCAAAGGGUGGCAGGAGUGGAGGCAAGCUGCGACAGCUGUUCGAGGAAAGUUUGCCGAGAUCGAUGUACCCAUAGUUGGCUGCAUUCUCCUUGGUCCCUUGGUGUGUAAUCAGACCCUGCCCGGCUAUUCCCCUCCUGAGUCUACGGCUUCGGCUCAUGAAUGGUACAUCCCUAGUCUCCGUGCCCUCCUUCCUGACAACACUCCAGGAGGCGCCGCUGAGUCGGGGGAAGCAGUACGGGUCAUCAAGGGUCAAUUCUUCUCCUGGGUAGUGCGCCUUGACAGAGCUGACGAGGGCCGUAUCAGAAUCGUAUAUGAAUCGGCCGACCUGCGUCUACCCAUUAAGAGCUCAUUCGCUGAGAGGCUAUGUGUUAAGCGCUUCCCGGCAGCCCAGUUCCAAUGGGAGGUUAGUGCGGUAUCGGUGCCGUCCGGCGCUGCUCCAGGCAGAUCAAGACCACCACACCAUCAAUGGCAGACUGUUAUGAACAGCGACAGGCCGCCAGUGUUCAUAUGCUUCCCAUCUGGCGUUAAUCUCCAUUGGAGUGAUCAUCUUCCCCAUAUUCACCCAAAUCGACAAUCGUUUCGUCUUCCACCAGGCACCACCAUCCCAAUAGGGGUUCCACCAGGUGAAGAUGUGGCAUUGUCUGUGAAGGCUAACCUUGUUGAAAUACCAUUGGUCUCCCUGAUACUCUACUACUUCUCUGCUGAUCUCAAUACUACAGUGCGUUCAGAGGAUAUCCUCAAUCGCUUGCCCCAUAUGGAGUUUAGGUGCGUGAGUUCCUUCUCUCUGUUCCAGCAGCAGCUUGUGGCAGGAGGCGGAGGCAACGGCGGGGGUUCGGGGAUCGGUGGGACCACUAAUCUGAGUAACCUGUCAGCGUUGAAGUCUCACGAGUAG